GACAGUAAGAGAACAAACAUGGAUUGCAUACUGAAAAUUAACAUUAAUAUAUAAACAAACUCAUUACGACCAUGAAAAAAACAACUACUCUUCUCUCUCUUAAAACAUGUCUAUUGUCGGCACAACUGGGAAGUUAUCGUCCCCGGUGAUCAAACGGUCUACUAAGUAUCGAUUCCGCAUGUUUAACAGAGGGAGGGGAAGAUAUGGUGACAUGAAGAUGAUGAAGAAGAUGGAAAUGAAGAACUUGGAACUUUAUAUGAAGAACAUGAGUGUAAUGGAAGCAAACAAGAAGUUGAAGAAGAAAGCUGAAAUUCUUCAUCAAGAGAAUCAGGUUUUGAUGUCGGAGUUAAUCCAAAAAAAAUUGUUCAACUUUUAGUAACACCAUUGAUGAUCUAGAGAAUAAGGGAAAAUGAGAUUAAUUAUGUCAAGUUGUUAAUCUUGAUUAAAUAGAUCUCUUUUAAAAUCAGAUAUGUAGUUUCUUUCUUGUUUUAAUUU